AUGGCCGCCGAACCUGAAUAUGUCCCCCGCUCCACCGAAACCGUUUACCACAUCGCUCGGGAAGUGGUUCAACUUCUAAAGCAAUCAGGCGAGACUCUCGCCGUUUCUGAAUCGCUCACAGGCGGCGGAGUAAUGGCCACUCUGACAUCUGUCGAAGGGUGCAGCGCUGUUUUCCGCGGCGGAGUCGUGUCCUACGCCACCCCAGUCAAACAACAUCUCCUCAAGGUCGACGGGGAUCUCAUCGCUGAACACGGUGUCAUCCAUGCUGAUGUUGCCGCCCAAAUGGCUGCCGGAGCCAGGACUGUCACCACCCACCAAGACAUGGCUCCGACUUCCUGGGGCAUUGGAACAACAGGGGUAGCAGGACCUGAUCCCCAGGACGGGAAACCGGUGGGAAUGGUCUUCAUCGGCGUGGCUUCGCCAAGUGGCAGUAAAGGCUUUGGGCCUUUUCACUUCCCCGGCUCGCGUGAACGAGUUCGAGAGGCCACAGUCGGCGAGGCGCUGUCCCUCCUUCGCCAAGAGCUGCUCAGGGCGAAGCUGCAAAAUUGA